GAUUGCAGGUUCGAUCCCUGCUGUGCUCGCGUUUAAUUUUUGCCCGUUCUUUCCAAUCAAGCUAACCCUAAUCUCUUUAGGUGCCGUGGAAUUAUCAUAUUUGCAACAAGGCAAAAUAGGCACUGGCUUAAUUCAAUCCGUGUCAGAUUGCCAAUUCCAAUGUUUGAACAAUGUGAUAUCGCGAGGACUUUCCUUUUGUUACACACGCAAAGAUGCCCCCGCUUUAUUAUCUAAAGACCGAGAUCGGCACACUAAAAUUUCGCUUUUUGUGAUAUGGAGAGUCACCUUGCUAUCAACCACGCCCGAUUACAAAGAAUCAGACCUUGACACUCACCGUGGAGCAACGAUUCACGACGGGGACGGAAAAGAAGGCAUUGUACCCGCGAAUCUCUACAGUAAGCUUGACGGUGUGUCGCCUGGGUCCUGCCAAUAUUCCCGCUAAGUAGUCCGUCGUACUCCCAUGGGUUGGAUUUUGUAGCACCCCUCCGUCCACUCCUUUCAGUCUUCGCGGUUCGCGCUUGGUCGUAUAGUUGCGCGACAACUUGAGUAGUAAAUCCCCAUGUCUGCCUCUUUACCGGGAAACCGGGAGCCGCCCGAGUCACAAUAUGACUUGAGCACGUAUUGGGGUCGCGUCAAGCAGACUGCCACUAUCACGGAUCCAAGAACACUAUUCGCUGGAAAACAUGGACUCGAACAUGCCAAAAAGUUACUGGUGGCAUACAAACAAGGUGAAAUCAAGGACAUGACACCAGAGCUAUGGAAGGCUAAGAAGAUUGUCGACUCUACAUUGCAUCCCGAUACCGGAGAGCCAGUCCUUCUGCCUUUUCGCAUGUCAUGUUUCUGUCUAUCCAACUUGGUUGUCACUGUGGGAAUGCUUACACCCGGACUUCAGACCACCGGAACAGUCCUCUGGCAAAUCACGAACCAAUCCCUCAACGUCGCCAUCAACUACGCGAACGCGAACAAAUCCACGCCGCUGUCGUACUCGAAGAUCGCCCAGUCCUACUUCCUGGCCGUGGGCGCGUCGUGCUCGGUGGCGCUCGGCCUGAACGCCAUAGUGCCGCGGCUGAAGCGCGUGUCGCCGUCCGCGCGGCUCGUGCUCGGCCGGCUCGUCCCGUUCGCGGCCGUGGCGUCCGCGGGCGUGCUGAACGUGUUCCUCAUGCGCGGCGAGGAGAUGCGCACGGGCAUCGACGUGUUCCCCGUGCUGUCGGAGGCGGACAAGGCGCGGCUCGCGCGCGAGGGCAGGGCCGAGAGCGAGGUGCCUAGCCUGGGCAAGAGCCGGAAGGCGGCGACGCUCGCGGUCGCCGAGACGGCACUGAGCCGCGUCUUCAACUGCACGCCCAUCAUGGUCGUGCCGCCGCUGCUGCUCGUGCGCCUGCAGCGCACGCAGUGGUUGAGGAGGAAUCCCCGCUACACUAUGCCGAUUAAUGUUGGUCUUAUCCUCGGCAUGAGCUACCUCGCGCUGCCGUUCGCGCUGGCGGCGUUUCCGCAGAGGCAGAGGAUCGGCGCGGAGCGGUUGGAGGAGGAGUUCCAUGGCCGCGGGGGCGAGGGUGGGUUGGUGGUUUUUAAUCGUGGGAUUUAGUUAGGGACGUGGUGGGAUCGCGUCGGAAAAGAUGACACUCAGGUCAUCUUUACUGAGCUGAUUCUCCGCGGAUGCAUCAUUGGCGGCGUUGGUGGAUUAGAGUUUUCGUAGUUGGCAAUGCUAGGCGUUUAUUGAAGUGAAAAGAUUAUUAUGAGGAAAUUCACGAGUGAGUUCGCACAUGGUUUCAAUGGUCCGAGUUAAGGGGACACGGUUCUUAUGAGGAGUCAAAACGAGUAUCAUGCUGUGACAGGGCGAAAGAAGUCUUAGCUAUCUUCCGUUUCAUCAUCUGAUCAACUAGGGAGACAGAAGACGCAUGGAUACAUCUAUAAUUGACAGGAAUAUCAAAACUUAGUUAUAUAUAGUUGGUACCUACUUG